AUGGCCGUCAUCAAGGGCCCGCUGUUCCCCUAUCGCGACAUCACUGUCCAAGUCGCCGACAGUGCCUACACCUUCACCUCUCCCUCCUCGCCCGACGCACCGGCACUCGUCAUCGACCGGCCCACGGGCGAUAUCCAUUUGGACCAUGGCGCCUCCGGUCUUGCUCCCCGGACAUACCAGGUCAUGAACAUCAACGGCAUCCUGGGUAUUAUCCAGCUCAGACUUGACAAGUACAUUAUCGUCAUCAACAAGUCCCAACCCGUCGGUCGUCUCAAGGGUCACAUGGUCUACAAGGUUACCUCCACGCAGAUCCUCCCAAUGCGCCGAAAGCAAAUACGAGACCCCGAUGAAGAUGCCUUCAUGGCACUGCUUCAAGCUUCACUCAAGAACGGGCCGAUGUACUUUUCCUACUCGAUCGACCUCACCAACUCUUUCCAGCGCCAAUCUCAGGCCGACACUGCCCAGCCUCUUUGGAAGCGUGCCGACGACAGGUUCUUCUGGAACCGGUUUGUGCAGUCGGACCUGAUCGAAUACCGGAAUAAUGGUGCUAGAGGCCAACCUGGUCCUCAUCCCGGAAUCGAUCCAUUUAUCCUCCCUGUCAUUUUCGGCAUGUUUGAGAUCAAGCCGACCGUUUUCAAGGGCGCUCGGAUUACACUUAUUCUCAUCACUCGUCGAUCGCGGUACCGCGGCGGCACUCGGUUCUUUACCAGAGGCUUGGAUGAGAAAGGGAAUGCCGCUAACUACAAUGAAACGGAGCAGAUUCUCAUUGUUAACGAUAAGAGCGCGACCGGAAUUAGCGGAUUCUCCGGCGGCGCCGGCCCUAGCGAGAAGAUGGGCAGAUCUUCUGACGGACAAGAGACGCAAGUUUUGUCCUACGUCCAGACCCGAGGCAGCGUUCCAUCUCAGUGGGCAGAGAUCAACACCCUAAAGUACACCCCCAAGCUCCAGAUCCGGGGCAUCGAAACGGCGAUCCUAUCGGCGCAGAAGCACUUUCACGAGCAGAUCCGAAUCUACGGUGACAACUACCUGAUUAACCUUGUGAACAAGAGCGGGCGAGAAUCGACCGUCAAGGACUCGUACGAAAAAGUGGUGGAGAAGCUUGUCUCGGAUCCCAGAGGCUACAUCGAGAGUAAUACAAUCACGAAUGAAAAGUACCAUACAGUCGAGCCCGGUAAGGUGCGGACCGAGUUUGACCGGCUACAUUACAUCUUCUUCGACUUUCACAGCGAGACCAAGGGGGCUCGACUCCACCGAGCAUACAUGUUGAUCGAAAGGCUGGAGAGCUCGAUACGAGAGCAAGCAUACUUCCGAGGUGUCGACAUGCCUGCGAGCAAUGAUGGCCGCCUCGAAGCCCGCAGCUUACAAAACAGCGUCAUGAGGACAAACUGCAUGGAUUGCCUUGACCGAACCAACGUGGUGCAAAGCAUGUUUGCACGCUAUACACUCAACCGCCAAUUCGUCGACCUCGGCAUCAUGGCUCCGGGCUCCAACUUUUCCGACGAGGACGAGUCCUUCGAAUUCCUCUUCCGCAACCUCUGGGCCGACAACGCCGAUGUCGUUUCCAACUCGUACUCUGGUACGGGCGCCAUGAAGACCGACAUGACUCGAACGGGCAAACGAACAACGGCGGGCAAGCUUCAGGACGGCCGGGUAGGCGUUACGCGGUAUUGUCUGAACAACUUCUUCGACGGCCCUAGGCAAGACUCGUACGACCUGUUCCUCGGCGUCUACCAACCUGGCAAGGCGCAGAUUGGGUCGGGUCCCGUGUUCGCGGACCGGCGGCCGGUGCUGAUCCAGGCGAUGCCUUAUGUGCUAGCGUUUAGCGUGUUUGUGGUGCUCUUUGCGGCGUUUGUGCCGCGGGACCCUGGGUCGUUUGCGGUGUCGAGGCGGGGCGCUGUGCUUGUGUUCUUGGCGCUUGCUGCGUAUUGCUUUAGGUUCAUCUUUGCGCACGGCAUGCUCUACGUCAAUUGGCCUAAGCUCGCCCCUCUGGCAUACGCUACAGAAGGCUACAAUGAACAGAUCAUCAAGGCGAGAAAGGACCCAAUCAUAGGACCUUUCCUUACGAGGCAAGGACAGCACGAACGCGGCUCUAGUAUCGCGCAGUAUCGGCGGGCCGAGGAGGGCAGCAAAGAGGAUUAG